AGAGAGAGAGAGAGAGAGAGAGAAGGAGAAGAAGGAGAAGAAGAGAGAUGGCUCAGACAAGAGUUCUUGACAUGUCGAGAGUUCGAUUCAUCCCAGGGAGGAUACACGCGACCAACAACCUGUACCAGAGAUACGGUCCAAAGGGUUUCAUGGAGAUCAAGAUCCUCCAAAACGACAACCUUUACGUCCGUGUCGACUUACCCGGUGUUCCAGACGACGGCGUCCGCCACAGAGUCGACUCCGUUAGACAAAAGGUUGUCUUUUUCUCCGGCGAAGAAACUCUCAGCGACGACGGAGACGACAAGAAAAACGUCUGUGAGUACGCCGGAGCCGCCGGUUUAGGGUGUGACUGCUGCGAGAUAACAGGGGUGGAUGCGAAGAUGAAAGAUGGAGUCUUGAGGAUGAUUGUGUCAAGGGUCAAAGUCAAAGACCACGACAAGAAGUGUGCUCACUUUCUCCCUCCUAACACAGGUAAAUCUGGAAGAUACAAUAUGGAUGAUCCUGCUUUCAACAUGGCUAAAGCGGUGGAGGACCAUCCCUUUGUGGUGAAAGGUCCUAAGCGUUCAGACGAUAGUGUAGAACGAAGAGGUGAUGGGAGUGUUUUAAGUUGUGACAAUUAUGUGUGUCUUGCUUUUCUGUUUGUUAUGGAAUGGCUUGCUUGGUGUCUACGUAUCACUUCCACACUCAAAACUAAAUGGGAUUGGAAUUCAAACCUAUAAAAAG